UUCCAGGAAUUGGUAACACCACGUGGAGAUUUUAGACGAGGGUCGCUUACGAGGUGAGCUUCUUAUCUUGGAGACUAUCGCCCAGUGCACCUUCAAGCGACACCAGUAUGCAAAAGAUUUAUCGACACCUCGUAUUGCUGAGGUACGGGAAACCCCCUUCAUGCUGACUUCGGUUUUGACAGAUGCGGCUAACCGAGUUACGAUGGCCAAAGAAAUAUAUUUAAAAACUUUCGAAACGAAAUCAUAAAACUUUGUGAUUCUUUCCACGAAACCAGUACUUGUGGAGAUGCGCCAGAAGGUGGAAAUCUCAAGUGGCAUUUGAUUUACGGCACAGCGACGACUCUGUCUAAUAACUCAUCAACUGUCGAAACCCAACCCAACAAAUUGGGUGCAAAUUUUGUAGGUCCCUCCGUGAAGUGACAACCCAAACGUAUCGCGUGCUUCGAUGCUUCAACCUAUUUCUAGUUGUUCUGAAAUCCAUCGCCAGGUUGCUGUGUGGUGAAUAUGUGUUUGCGCAUAUCGAGGGCACCUAACACGUUUCCCUAGCAGCGAAUCAUAGUAACAGUAGUCGCGUCUGUAGCCGGGUAAACAACGCUUUCGGCUGGAAAAAGCAGGAUUUGCUUCACUUCGUACUGUUCUGUUGGUGUGACCGGAACUUCCUGGUUUUGUGGUGUUUUUUUGUAAGAGUGUCCCUUCAAAGACAUGUCCAACAAAGCCGCAGUUACGUUUGAGAAACCGCUCCAGCAUCUUAGCCUCGCGGAUUGGCAUUCCCGGUUGACCCAGCUGAAAAAUGUAGCCUACACGCAGCGUUCGGAUGCGUUCGAGCUACGGCAUUCGGCACGCAACCUUCGCAAUGAAACCCGCAUCGAGACGCACUGGGACACGUACCACAACAAUGACCGGCUGUCCGAUCGUGUGGCGGAGCUGGAUCGUUGGCGGGAGAAGAUGCGCAUCAUGCUACAGCGUACGGUGGACGAAAUCCAGGCCCUCAAGGAGGAAAAGUCCAACACCGAGCGUGACCUGGACGGUCACAUUACACCGCUGACGGUGGUGACGGAGUGUAUCGGUAUGAGGGACUGUCGGUUGGGAUCGGAGCUAACCUACGAUGAUGGCGAUACCGAGCUGAAGAACGAGCUGUGCAUCGUGGAGAACAACCAGCGGCUACUGCGUGACCAGAACCAAGCCGCCUGGGAGCAGCUGAAUCGGCUGCAGGAGGUCAAGUUCAAGCUGGAGCUCGAUCUGACCGAUAAGGAUGAGGCGCAAUCGAUCGAUUCGCACCAGCUGCAGGUGGACCAGCACUGUGGAGAUGUUUCCUUCAAGACGGAUCCAACGCGUGUCCCCAGGGACUCCUGCACGUACGGUAACUGGCUGGAGUACUGCGAAGAGCUGGUGGCGCUCGCCGAAAGCACACUGUCCGAUUCCUUCUCCAUCCGGGAGUCACUGUUUGCGACGCGUGAGAAAGCUCGCAACAUUCUACGCGCCCAGCAGGACCGUACCGCGCACACACUGCGCAAGCGAAUCUUCGAAACGCAACGAGCACGGAACGAACUCGAGUACCAGCUCGGGAAGAUGAAGGAAGAGAUGGCCAAAUGUCUCCGGGAGAUCGAAACACUCGAACGUGCGCACGAUCAGAAGACCGAAGCGUUGAAGGUGGUUGAAACGCGCCUGGAAAACCGUGCCCAACGUUCCGGCAUGGAGCUGUGCAUCGAUGAAUCGUACCAUGGGUUGUGCGAUGAGGUGCAGAAACUUCGCGACACGAUCAAAACACUGCGCGCCAAGAUCGACGCCACCAAGACGACGUACAACGCGCUGCGGGAUCAUGCGAACAAGAUCGAUCAGGAUCUGCAGAACAAGCAGCAUUCGCUGAUGACCGACAUCCGGGCGCUGGAUUUACGCGGACGCUUAAAGACGGGCGAGUUCGGUGGACUAGCAACGCAAACGGAUCGCAACAUACAUUUGUCACGCGUGGAGGAUGAAAUUCCCAAAACAUAGACGUGAUUAUAUUGGCACCCAGCUUCAGCACCCGUCAUUAGGGACAUGCAUUAGGGAACGUUGCUUCCAAAAUUAUUGCGUCAUAGAAAAUUGGAACCAAUCAAUAAGAUUAUCGGCUUCCCAAUAUAGUUGUUUGCGGCUUGUUUUUAGAUCGCUCGUUAUGCUUUUCACACUUGCCUCGGCCUAUCGGCACCAAGCAGCAACACCUAGCUCCAGUUGCGGUCGGAGUACACCUUCUCGCUGGGUGCACCAACUGCACGGACACGGACGUGAAAGUGAAGUUUGUUUUGCGCACCUGAAGCUGAAGCAAUAAACAAAAUAGAAAUAAAACAGUCCAUAACCAUAUGA